GUUACGUUGUGGUUGUGUCAGUGUGUCUAGUAGGUCUAGUAAGUUGGUUAAACUCAGUGUUUAGUAUGAAAUUUAAUUUAGCCUAACAAAUGUGAAGUGACCAGUUUAAACUUGUGUUGGAUGUGAAGUUUUCAUUAACAACUUAUGUAGGCCUAGCCUAUUUAGAACAUGACAACUACCAGAUUUCAUAAAGCCGCCCAGGAUGGGAUGCUGGACAUCCUGAGGGAGGCCACCAAGCGAGACUGCAACUUGAAGGAUGAGGACGGAAUGACCCCGACACUCUGGGCAGCCUUUCACGGUCAUCUGGACGUCCUGCGGCUGCUAGUGGGGCGUGGAGGGGAUCCAGAGAAGUGCAACUACCACUUUGGACAGAACGCACUCCAUCUGUCAGCCAGUAAGGGACACCUCGCCUGUGUCACGUUCCUUGUGGGCUUUGAUGUCAACCUGUGGGCUCUGGACUUGGAUCUGCACACAGCUUUGCAGGUUGCUGGACUCAAUGGACGGAGAGAUGUUGUUGAAUUUCUGGACAAAACAAUGGCGAAGCAAGAACUGCAUAACAAGAAAGAAGUGAAAGUGAAAAAGGAGAAAGCAAUGAAAGAUGUGGAGAAAAAUAGGAAGAAGUUCAACGAACGGAUGAAAAAGGAGCAGGACAAGGAAGAAAAGAGAUUGAAGAAAGUCGAGAAAGAAAUUCUUGGUGGGGCAAAAGUUGAGAUGGACAUGCCCAUCCCUACAGUGAUAGUUCGCAAGCCAGUAAAUGCAGAAGUAGGAGGACCUACAUUUACACAGAUCGUAGGAGGAACCAUAAACAAAAAACCAACCGGAGCUGUGGGGGUAAAGAAAAUCCUCGAUAGGAAACUGAAAAAUGGUACCCAUAAUCAUCGUCCUUUCCAGACAGAAAUAAAGGGUGACAGUGACUCUGGAAGAUCUGUUAGGGCUCGUCCCGACUCACAAAUCAUCUACGUUAACUCCUAUGACACUCAAAAUGGUGGAAAGCGAGGUCGCAUUGCUGAUGUGUUUGACACCAGAGGAGAGCUGGUUCGAUCCUUGUCACAACCUGAGUAUCUAAACACAGUAAUCACGCAUGAACAGGCCAGCAUCUUUGACAGACCAGGCUUCGGCAGUGUGGCGUUUAGGCCAAGGAACCAUCUGGCUGGUACCAUGAGUGGUGGAGGGGGAGAGAAGGAGGGAGGGGAGAACAGCAGCAUCGGCAGUGCCGGCAGCCUGGCCAAACGGAACCAGGGGGAACUGUGCUGGGAGAGUGACGAGGAAAACUCAGGCAUUGUUGGAUCUAUCGCAUCACUCCAGCGGUUCCUGCUGUCAGCUGGUGUAGCGGACUACACAGACCAGUUUGUGGAUCAACGGAUCGACCUGGAGGCCAUGUUGAUGCUCUCUGACCAAGACCUGAUCACGCUGGGUAUACCUAUGGGGCCAAGGCGCAAGAUACUGCACGCCAUCGAGGAGAGGAGACAAGCCCUUAGCACUCCCGGAGGGAUACAGGAUAGCUGGCUGUAGCAGGCCAUCUUCACAGGAUUCCAUCCGUCCAUCUGUUAAUUAAUUAGCUUUAAAGAUUCGUCCAAAGACACUGAAAGUUUUUCAAGCUAGUCUCAAAGGUGUUUAGAAAAUAGGUAAGAUUGUCUUAGAUUUUUUAAAUAGUGUGUAUUUUUAGAUUGUUUAUAGCUUUGUGCUUUUUUAAAAAUAUUUUACCUAAUUUUAGUACCAUGUUUUAAUCUUUUGUGAUGUUUUUAUUUAAAAAGUGUUUUAAAGCAUUGCUUACUUUAACUUUAUUUUUUGUCAAUGAUAUUUUUUUAUGCACUUUAUUGUUAUUAAAUUUAUUCUACUCAUAUUUUUUGUUUUCCGGUUUAUCUAUUUUAGUUAAUCAUAUAUAUUUAGUUUAUUAUGAUCAACAAAAGUAAAAAACAAAAAAAAUUUGGAUAUCUUAAAAACGAGAGGAAAAUGUAACGAAUUUCAUUACAGAAAAAAUCUUUGCUGAACUUGACUAACAUUCAACAGCUUUCUUAAAAAAUAACACACACUUUUUAUUAGUUACGUAUAGUAUCAUUUGAACUUUUUUGUAAAAAAAUUAUAUUACCUACUACCAAGUUUGGGUUUUAGCCAUUGAAUACCUUAAAAUUGCUUAUCCACAUUUCGUAACUUGUAUCAAGUUUGGAUCUUGGAGUGUUUUAAAUUUUCAGUUAGAUUCACAAUUAAUAGAGUACAAUAAUGUUUAAUACUUUAAUACUUUUAAAUGAAAUGGCGACCAUACAAAGUAAGUAUUAUAAGCCAAGUAUGAAUGGAGAUAAGUGUAGGAUGAGUGGCGCGAUCUUGUAGUCUUGUUAGUGACUAAGGCAGAGUUAUUCCUUAGACAUAGCUGUUAACUGAUAGCCACAGCUUGAUUAUACUAGAAUAAGGUGAAGGUUAUUACCUCGUCUACAGUUCCAAAAUUGUAGUUUGUACUUUAGUAGUGUAAUCACAUGU